AUGUCAUCGAGUAGUGCGGAACCCCAUCGCGCCAGUUGUCUUCCGGAGCUCGAUGACUUACUGGCAAGGCCAGGAAAUCGACAUUGCGCUGAUUGCGGCCGGGACAGCCCCCGCUGGGCAAGCGUCAACUUGGGCGUCUUCCUUUGCCGCGAUUGCAGCAGUAUCCAUAACCGUCUCGGAGUCAAUGUAUCCAUAGUCCAGAGCCUAGUUUUGGAUUCAUGGCAGAACACGUGUGAUAAUGGUGGAUGCGAGCUCGACCCAGCCCUCCACUCCCUGAAUGUGGAGUUGGCAGCAGACACAGGCUACUGCCUGGUUGCUGGCUGUGACACAGAUGGAGAUCUCGCAGGAUUUAUAACAUGCACAACUGAAUAUGGGGAUGCGCUAUCCAUGGAUAACUGUGAUGAUCGUAUCGAGAUCGUAAAAGAGCAACUCGCGAAGGGUGGUUUCCGUUUUGCCUGGAUCAUGAACCACGCUUUCCCCGAAAACAUCACCGUUCCGACUACUACUAGUUAG